UGCAUGGCCAAUGUGGCCCGUGACAUGUUUUGGCCCUUGGUGGCCUAGGCUGGCCCAUGGCAUGGGCUAUGGGCAUGGUUGGCACGGCUGGCAAGCAUGUGGUUGACAUGGCUAGUGGGUUGGCCAUGGGCCACAAAACAUAGGGUCCUAUCAUUCUGCCCCCACGAUAGGUGUUGCGACCAAGGGUUGAGUUUUGGUAGGGAAGAGAGGUAGUUAUAUUAGCAUAUGGUGUAGGUAGAAGACCAUGUUGAAUGGUUGUUGUGAGAGAGGCACAACUUUCAAACGUAAGUAUGAAGUUUAAAAGUUCGGCUGAGUUAAUAUGGGUGGCUCUUGUUGUCACUGAAAUGACAAAGGAUUCAUAUUCUGAGUUUAUACCAUUAAGAAGGUAAGAAACAACUUCAGAGUCACGGAGGGGCUCACCAGCAGCGGUCAUCGUGUCUAAGAAGGCGGACUUUGCGAUAAUAGUCAAUCACCGAGAGAGAACCUUUUUUUAUGUUUGUGAGUUGAUGACGAAUUUGGAAGUUUUUGCUUGAGAUUGUGAGGUGAACAUAGCGUCUAGAGUAACCCAUAGUUCACGGGAGGUGCGGGAAGCUAUGGCCUGGGCAAGGAUUGGCUCGGUGAGAGAGGAAAGGAGAGCACUGAGGAGCAUUUGGUCAAUGCGGUGCCACUGUAAAUAAGCAGGAUUUGCUUGAGGAGGAUAGGGUCUAGACAUAGUUCAUAGGGAAUGAUUUGUGCACACCAAAGUAAAUAAUUAUCAGAACCAAGCUUAACAGACACGAUGUGAGAGAAAUUGCUAGGGAGCUGGAAGGUAGAGGUAUGGGAAAGUUCUUUUUCAGAAAAGGAUUUAUCGGGAGCCAUCGAAGGGGAUAGAAGAAAGAAGGUCAGAGGAUACUUAUAAAAUAUAUAUAUAUAUAUACAAAGGUUCAACAAAAUCUUCUCCUAGGAUUAUUCUUUAGCACCUGCUGUGCAUUACAAAACAAGCAUAUGACAGAGGUUGUUACAAGAGUGUUGGCCACUUUACAAAACAAUUCACAAGCCAUACCCAGAGGGUAGGCACCAUCCUAGUCUAGCUGAUUCCUGAAGGAUCUUCUUGAGAGGCGUCUGACGUGGUGGAUUUGCUUGAGGAAGUUGAGGUGGUGGAGCUUUUUGCAGCAGCAGUUGACAGCUCAAUAGCCGGAGGCUGUUCAUGCAAUUGAGAAGCUUUACGAGCGAGGGGUGCUCGAUUAUCUGUCUGUCUCUCUAUGGUGUGACUACUUGAGUUUUGUUCUCAAAUCUGAUGAAAUGGUGUGUGACUGCUCGUCUGCUGAUAUUUCAAAGGCAAGAAAUCUGUUUGAGAGUGCUCUCACAGCAGCUGGUUUACAUGUUGCUGAAGGCAUUAAACUAUGGGAGGCAUAUAGGGAAUUUGAGCAAGCUAUUUUUCAAACUAUUGAUCCGUCUGACAUUCAGGCAAAAGAAAAGCAGAUUCAGCGGAUACGAACUCUAUUCCACCGUCAGUUAUCUGUUCCUCUUGUUAACAUGAGGUCAACGCUUCAGGCAUAUAGGGCUUGGGAGAUGGAACAAAGAAAUGAUCUUGCUGUUGAAUCUAGUGACCUGGAUGGGGUUGCUUCUCACAUUGUCUCAGCCUACCAGAGAGCCUUGGAGGGGUAUAAUGCUCGUGUUCAUCUUGAAGAACAGAUUUUGAGGCAGGAUAUGCCUGAGUCAGAAAAACUUCAACAAUAUAUGAUCUACUUGAAAUUUGAACGGUCUUCUGGAGACCCAGCCCGGGCACAAGUUCUGUAUGAACGUGCUAUUGCUGACUUCCCUAUAUCAAGUGACCUCUGGCUUGAUUAUACUCGCUAUUUGGACAAAACCUUUAAGGGAGGCAAUAUUGUUAGAGAGGUUUAUUGCAGGGCCACAAAGAAUUGUCCCUGGGUUGGGGAGCUUUGGGUUCGAUAUUUGCUCUGCUUGGAACGUGGCCAUGCUUCUGAGAAAGAAUUAGCCACUGUAUUUGGGAAGACGCUGCAGUGCACGUUUUCUACCAUUGACGAGUACCUGGAUCUGUUCCUCACUCGAGUAGAUGGCCUAAGACGAAGACUUUCAUUUACUGCUGAAGUAGAGGAUGUAUUGAAUUAUUCAUUAAUAAGGGAAACCUUUCAGAAUGCGUCGGAUUACUUGUUACAACACUUGAAAAACACGAAUGGUUUGGUGCAUUUGCAUGGUUAUUGGGCCCGUUUAGAGCUAAGCCUGGGUACAGAUUUAGUUUCAGCUCGUGGAGUGUGGGAGGGUUUACUCAGGAUCUGCGGUUCAAUGUUGGAAGCCUGGCAGGGUUAUAUAGCAAUGGAGAUUGAAUUGGGUCAUAUUAAUGAAGCUAGGUCCCUCUAUAAGAGAUGCUACAGUAAAAGAUUCCCUGGGACUGGUUCAGAGGACAUCUGCCAUUCAUGGUUACGCUUUGAAAGGCAAUUCGGUACACUGGAAGAUUUUGACCAUGCUGUACAAAAGGUUACCCCUCGCCUGGAAGAGCUACAGUUAUUUAGGUUACAGCAGGAAUCCAAAUCAAUAGUUGAAAGGGAAAAUCCUCUUAAGAAGAAUGCUCGUGAAAAGAGAAAGCCAGGUUCAGACUUAAUUCAAGAACAGUCUCCUGCAAAGAGGCAAAAAGAUGCAGCUCAAACUUCAAAGAAAUUGUAUGGGAAGGAUAAAGCCCAAGACUCAAACUUAGUUGAGCCAAAUAAAGUGAAAGAAAUCAAUGCCAAGGUUGAGAACGAAAAUAGCAAAAACGAACAACAGAUGAAGGAUGCUAUGACUGGAAAAACUAAAGUAUACAAGGACCAGUGCACUGCAUUCAUAUCAAACAUUAACCUUAAGGCAAACUGUGAAGAUCUGCAUAACUUCUUCAGUGAUGUUGGUGGAGUACAUGAUAUCCGUAUACUGCAUGACAAGUUCACUGGAAAAUCAAGGGGACUAGCGUACGUGGAUUUCUCCGAUGAUGCACACCUUGCUGCAGCUGUAGCAAAGAGCAAACAGAUGUUACUCGGAAAGAGGCUGAGCAUUGCUCGAUCAAAUCCAAGGAAAAGCAGAAAAGAUUUAUCUGGCCAUGAUAGUCAAAUGGAGCAUGUCGAUGCUGCCGAUCAUCAUAUCGGGGGAUCUGCCUUGAAUGCACCUGUUGAAACCUCAAAGGAAGCUAGUCGGGCACCACAAUCUGCUAAUCGUAGACGUGGAAAUGUCAAUAUCGAGAUUAUGGGGAAGAACACAUUUGCAGUGCCAAGAAAUGUUAAACCACUCGGUUGGUCUGCAAACAAACAAGAAACUGAGGGAGAUGGAAAGCCCAAGUCCAAUGACGAGUUCAGGAAAAUGUUCAUUAAAAACUAGGGUUUGUUCUUGGCGUCACAUCACAAAUUUAACAAUUCUCUUUAUAUGAUGAAACAGAGCAUAACUAACUGUGUUGAGUGUUUGUUCUAUGGACAAUUCGUCUUCUUACCACUUUCCGCAGUUGCUCAAUGGAAUUAGCGAGGGCAUGAAAUUGUUGUCCAUGA